AUGAAGAAGGGACGUGCCGCGAAGCAGUGCAAGAUGAGGAUGGCUCAGGGUUGCCAGGUGGCCACCUUGCUGAACUGCGCGGACAACAGCGGCGCGAAGAACCUGUACAUCAUCGCGGUCAUUGGCAUUGGGGGCCGCUUGAACAAGCUGCCCAACUGCUCCCCUGGUGAUUUGGUGCUUUGCAGUGUCAAAAAGGGCAAGCCAGAGCUUCGAAAGAAGGUGCUCAAGGGUGUUGUCAUCCGCCAGAAAAAAGCGUGGAGGCGUCGCGAAGGUGUUUUCGUCUACUUCGAGGACAAUGCCGGUGUGAUUGUGAACGAUAAAGGCGAGAUGAAGGGCUCCGCAAUCCAGGGGCCAGUGGCAAAGGAAUGCGCCGAGCUGUGGCCGAAGAUUGCCUCCUGC